CCCCUGGUUUUCUCUUCUCACACCAAAAAACCAACUCUCUCUCUCUCUAUCUCUCUCUCUCAGCUACUACUCCCACUGCUCCCUCUUUUAUAUCAAAACACCAACACCAAUCUGCACCCCAAAAAAGCAGAAAAAAAUAUAAGAAAAAAAGAAAAACCCUCACCAACCAGGAUACUAAUCUCCUCUUCUUCUUCUUCAUCGCGUACACCACCGUCACAUCUCAAAUUUCCACAUCAUCCAUCAGCCUCGCCGAAAAUAUCUGAAACUGCAAAGACGAAAAUAUCUUCUUGUUAUUAUUAUUAUAACCGUCUGUUUUCUCUGCUAAUUGAGGGUUUCGGUUUCCUGAUGCAUGAUUGGUGUUGCAUUUUGGUGAAUUGAAUGGGGAUAGAGAGAACCUUGGCGGAUAGAAAGGGAAGAGACUUCUGUGAAUUGCCGAAGGAAACCAUUACCAACAGCAGCAAGUCGAAGAAGAACCGGCGGCGCCACAAGAAGGCGCCGGUGCCGCCGGUUCAGACUCUCUUCGAAACUUGCAAAGAUGUCUUUGUCUCCGCCGCACCCGCCGUUGUUCCUCCGCCACAAGAUAUUCAGAAUCUCCAAUCUGUUCUUGACAAAAUAAAACCAGAAGAUGUGGGCUUGAAACCCGACAUGCCGUAUUUCCAUACAAACGGAUCUCAAAGAAGGCCAAGGAUCACAUACCUUCACAUCUAUGAAUGCGAAAAAUUCUCGAUUGGAAUAUUUUGUUUGCCACCAUCUGGGGUUAUUCCUCUGCAUAACCACCCCGGAAUGACGGUUCUGAGCAAGAUUCUGUUCGGAACUAUGCACAUUAAAUCAUAUGAUUGGGUUGUUGACUUUCCUCCUGAAACCCCCACCACCUUCAAACCUCCAGAAAAUGGAGGUAGCGAGAUGCGGUUGGCUAAAGUGAAGGUAGACGCCGAUUUCAUAGCACCAUGCAACCCUUCCAUUCUGUACCCAGCAGAUGGAGGAAACAUGCAUUGCUUCACAGCAGUGACAGCUUGCGCAGUUCUAGAUGUGCUUGGUCCUCCUUAUUCUGAUCCUGAUGGCAGGCACUGCACUUACUACCAUAAUUAUCCUUUUUCCAUUUUUGAAGUAGAAGGAUUAUCCAUUCCUGAAGAGGAAAGAUGUGCUUAUGAAUGGCUACAAGAGAGGGAUGACAAACUUGAAGACUUAGAAGUAGUUGGCAAAAUGUAUAAUGGCCCAAAGAUUGUGGAAGGGUAAUAUCUCAUUCUGUCCCCCCAAAUGCAACCACCCAACAACCUCUUCCAAUAUUCCUGACUUCCUGUGAUGAUCAAAAAGAAAAAAAAAAUGCUGCAGAUGCUUCAAAUAUGGACACACACGAGAAAAAAGCAACUUUAUUUCUAUAUACCAACCUUGGAGGAUUUGUGUCCACCAAUAGAGAAAAAACUUGAUCACCUUCUAUGUUGUUUUUCACUUUUUUAGUUUUCUUUUUCCUUCAUAAUUAUUAUGGAACAAUAUGAGCACUUGUUGAUUAGGGGCUGCAUUUGUCAGUCAUAUAUAAUAGUUUUUUUCUAGUGUACAUACCAUGGAACAGAAAAGGAUAAAGGGGAAGGUGCAAUGCAAUUUGAGUUAGUCUGAAA